AUAUCAGACAGUCCUGUGUCCUGAGCUGGUUAAGAUGUAUUAGAGCACAGAACUGUGGAUAUAUACUGAUACUUAACAUUUAUAUAUAUAUAUAUACAUAGACAAAUAAGAAGUAUAGCUGUUGAGAACUUUCUUUUAAUUCAGCUAGAUAGUCAUUUAUUAUUAUUUCAGCUCUUGAUCGAAGAAAAUAAGAUUUUACCAUGCUCAACAGUGUCUGCGUCGGUUGUAUCCUCCUGACUGCAAUGGAGUUCCAUAUCAAGCAUACCUGGGACAGCGUACCUGUGGAUCAUGAGCCGGUAAAGAUUCGCUUCUCACCUGGCGAGGAUGGAUUGUUAAUGCAAGUGACUGCUCCUUUCUUUAAUGACCCCCCUGCACCAGCCGGACCACCUGGAGAGCCGUUUCCUGGUCUCUGGGAUUAUGAGGUGGUAGAGUCAUUUUUCCUCAACAACAACACUGAGCAGUAUCUGGAGGUGGAAGUCUGCCCACAUGGACAACACCUGAUUCUGCUACUGAAUGGAAAACAUAAUGCAUUUAUGCAACAGCUCCCUCUAUUAUUCAAAGCCGAUAUAGAGGGCAACAAGUGGAAGGGAGAAGCACUUCUACCUUGGAGGUACUUCCCUCAGGGCAUUAAUAAGAUGAAUUCCUAUGCCAUCCAUGGCUCUGGAGCAGGAAGGACCUAUGAGGCUCUGUAUCCUGUUCCUAGAGAAGACCUACAAGAAGGACAGGGACCAGACUUUCAUCGACUUGAGUAUUUUCAAGACUUCACUCUGCAAAGCAUCAUGGGAGAAGACUGGGUUCAGCCAGAAUCUGACCUGUGGGAUUUGGCAGACAAAUGACCAGCUGAAAAUCACAGAUGAAGUCAAAACUGGCUUAUAACUAGCCUUUUUAUGCAGUAAUCACUUGCUUCCAUUGCUAUGUUAGAGCACAAACUCCAUUGCAGUCUAAUCAAAGUUAAUGAUGUAGCUUGUUUUAAUGUGGGUGUAAUGGCAAUAAAAUGGCUUUUAUUGUCACAAAUUAAUAAAUCAUUUAUCAGAAAUGUGGCACUAAACUCAGCAGUAAGUAUAUUCCAUUCAGCACCAAAUAUAUAUUCAAUAUGUAGUAAAUGGGAAUUUAUAAUUUUAGACUGAAAUGAAAAUAACCAUUAAAUAAAGGAGAUGGUACAUGUGGAAAUGAA